AGACUUAUCUUCUUCACGACAUCAACCUUUUGAAGCUGUUUGAUUUCAAAACCCAAUUCAGAGUUGACAGGGUUCGACACUUCUCCAAAACCCAUAUCGAAAAAUGCUUCUCCAGUUCACUAUAUCUCCUCCUCUGCACCAGCAGCUUUCUGGGUUUCCCAGUUUCACUCUGCCUCGAAGUGUAAACUAUCGUAAACAUUCAAUCACUUGCUCAAUUUCACAGAUUCAUAGCUAUGGAACUGUGGACUACGAGAGGAGGCCUUUGGUGAAGUGGAACGCUGUGUAUAGGAGAAUCUCUCUGAUGGAGAAUCCUGAAAUGGGUUCUGCUAGUGUGUUGAACCAGUGGGAAAAUGAAGGAAAGAGGCUUACCAAGUGGGAGCUUUGUAGGGUUGUCAAAGAACUGAGGAAAUUCAAGCGAUUUAAGAUGGCUCUUGAGGUGUAUGAGUGGAUGAACAACAGAGGAGAGAGGUUUAGAUUAUCCUCCAGUGACGCUGCUAUUCAAUUAGAUCUAAUUGCCAAAGUGUGUGGAGUUUCAAGUGCUGAAGAUUACUUCUCGAGGUUGCCAGAUACCUUGAAGGACAAGCGAAUAUAUGGGGCUCUUCUGAAUGCUUAUGUGCAGGCAAAAAUGAGAGACAAAGCCGAAAUUUUAAUUGAAAAACUGAGAAAUAAAGGUUAUGCCACAACUCCUCUCCCUUUUAACGUGAUGAUGACACUAUACAUGAACCUCAAGGAGCUUGAUAAAGUCCAAUCAAUGAUUUUAGAGAUGAUGAAUAAAAACAUACAACUAGAUAUUUAUUCAUAUAAUAUCUGGUUAUCAUCUUGUGAAUCCACUGAAAGGAUGGAACAAGUGUUUGAGCAGAUGAAACUGGAGAGAACCAUUAAUCCCAACUGGACUACAUUCAGCACAAUGGCUACAAUGUACAUUAAGCUAGGGCAGUUUGAAAAAGCUGAAGAAUGCUUGAAGAAGGUUGAGAGUAGAAUCACUAACCGGGAUCGGAUGCCUUACCAUUAUCUCAUUAGUCUAUAUGGUAGUACUGGUAACAAAGCAGAGGUUGAUCGAGUGUGGAACAUUUAUAAAUCAAAAUUUCCCAACAUCCCAAAUUUGGGUUACCAUGCUUUGAUCUCUUCUCUAGUUAGGGUGGGUGAUUUGGAAGGGGCAGAAAAGAUUUAUGAAGAAUGGCUAUCAAUUAAGUCGAGCUAUGAUCCCAGAAUAGGAAAUCUUCUCUUGAGUUGUUAUGUUAAAGAAGGGUUUUUGGAGAAAGCUGAGGGCUUUCUGGACCACAUGAUUGAGGCAGGAGGAAAGCCGAAUUCAACUACAUGGGAGAUUCUUGCAGAGGGAAAUACUGGAGUGAAGAAGAUCUCUGAUGCUCUAUCUUGCUUCAAGAGAGCUGUUUUAGCAGAGGGAUCAAAUGGUUGGAAACCAAAGCCUGUUAACGUGUCUGCCUUCCUUGACCUCUGUGAGGAAGAAGCUGACACAGCAACUAAGGAAGCUUUGAUGGGUUUGUUGAGGCAAGUGGGAUGUCUUGAAGAUGAACCUUAUGCUUCUCUUUUCGGUCUCCAUAAUGGGUCUGUCACUGGUAAUGAACUGUCAAAUGAGAAAGAUAGAACGGGUGCGGACAAUGACAUUGAUGAAGAUGAAGAUGAUGGAGCAGAGACGCUUCUAAACCAAUUCCAGAGUGGCUUGUGACAACUCUUUUGCAAGCUUUAUACCAUUUGGUCACAUUAUUUGCUAGGAUACAAGGUGCUGUUAUAUCAUCAUAAAGCGGGUCCUCGUCGGGUCACAAAGAAGACCUCUUAUUACCUUCUCAUGACAGUCAUUGUAUGCUGAAGUUGCUGCGUGGAAUCUAGAACCUCUCUAUGGUAUCUCCUUCAAUUUGCAGAUUCAUACAUGAAGAUCUGAUCGUUAGAAUAUCCCAUUUUCUCAUGUGAGUAGACUCCCAUCUCUGUGUUCUCUCUGCUUUAGAGUUGAACAGAUCUGUUACACACUCUUUUGUAGCCUGUGAACAAUCAAAUUAUUCUCAUCUUAGUUUUAAGGCUGGAAGAGUGUAUUUUAUCAGAGGUUCAUGAACUGGGAUUCAAAUAGUGAGUUGUGUGUAGUCUUUUGUGCCUUUCUCCUCAUCCAAAUUCAGCAUGAUGAAGUGAUUCAGUACUGUUUAAAUUGCCAA